AUGACACAAUUUAAGGCAGACCACUUCGCUGGAUCUGAAAAGCAGGCAUCUCUGCCUCCCAUCUGCAUGGACUCAUCGCUUGCUGUACCCCUCUCUAGCCUGGAAUAUGUCUAUGAGCAAUUGGGAGGAGGGCGCCGCCAAGCAACGCCUCCUGAGUUGACCCCAACAAGGCUCAGGAGUAGAAUCAGAGCUACUUUGCGGGAUGCUGGCGUUGUGAAGCAGGCAUCUAUUCGCCGAGCCCAUCAGCAACCUUCAGGACACUCUCCUGCCCCCUCAGUAACCGCAGCCUCUAGCUCUUUUCUUGACGAUGCUCUCAUGAGCAACGAUACAUCGUCUCGACCGAUGCCACCUCUACACAGUUGCCAUGGUUCGCCCUAUCUUGGCGAACCUAUUUUGCAACUUCCUUCUCAUCCAGCCAGUGACCGCGACGUGAGCAAUGAUACAUCGUCUCUACCGAUGCCACCUCUACACAGUCGCCAUGGUUUGCCCUAUCUUGGUGAACCUAUUUUGCGACUUCCUUCUCAUCCGGCCAGUAACCGCAACACAGCAUCACUCACCUUCCCUGCUCCAAAUGAGCAGCGUUCCUCUCCCUCUGGGGGUGAUCUAAGUUCACAAGAAACUCCACAGAUUCAAGAUGUUUUUUACGGUCAUAGCGUGAAUGUACAGCCCGCCUGGAUGGGCCAAAAUAUAGCCCGCCCCUUUGAUUCCACCUAUGAUGUCCCAAAUGUGCCAUCUCGCUCUCAUGAUCCGACUUCGUGUGACACAUCCCGGCUCGUACCUCCCCUGAAUAUAAUCCCUCCGACACCAUCCAAAGAUAUUCACAGCAAUGUUAAUCAGUCUGCCAAAGCAGCCAGUCCCCAGCUAGACCUCAGCUACUACCCUGAUGGUCGGCUCAGUCAUUCGCAUUUCCCAGAAGAAAGCACAUCUGAUGACUGUGUGAAUUCGCAGAAACCAUCCAUGAUGGGAUGGAGGUCAUGGGAGAUGAACAUACUUUUAGAAGAAGGUUUCACAGGAAUCGAACGUGCUUUCGAUGACUUAUCUCUGUUGACUGCAUAUCCGCUGUGGUAA